CAAGCAACUAUCCCAGACACUGAGGCCAUGGAAGGGACCUCUGCUGCAAAUUUUUCAAGCCUCCCUACUCUGUCCCGAAGGCUAUCUCAGAUAAGGCGGCAGAAAAAAAAGACGCGAGAAGAAAUGUUUUCGGAAAUCAUGGAAGUGACCCGCAAUGAAAGAGCACAUCUGAAUGAGUGGAAGGACGUGGUAGCAAAGUACAGAAAAGAUGCCAGUGACCGUGAGGACAGGAGGGAUGAACGUGAGGAUAGGAGAGAUGCUCGAGAUGAGAGGUGGCGGCAGGAAGAUCAGCGGUGGCAGGAUGCAACUCUGCGGCUGCUGCGUGAUCAAACUGACAUGCUCCGGCGUAUGGUGGAGCUUCAGGAACGGCAGCAGGAUCACAGAGUGCCGCUGCAGCCCCUGUAUAAUCACCCUCCCCCCUCACCAUGUUCCUUAGCCUCCUCACCCGCCAGAUGAGUAAGAACUCGUGCGGGUAGGCUCUGUG